AUGGAAAAAGAACCACUGAAACAGACAACUUCAUUUGUCCUGAUUGCUGUCAAACGGUGCUCAUUUCAUGUUCUUUACUCAUCAUGGAUUUACUCAAAUCUGCUGUGGAUUGAAACAGUCAUGUUAAGCAUCAUAAAUGUUGCAGAAUUCCUUGGAAAUUUGUCCGUCUGUUAUGCUGUGUACCGAAACCAAAGACUCCGCACACUUUCCAACAUGUUUGUUGUUUCGUUGGCUGUGAGUGAUAUUCUGAUGUCCACCUGCUGUAUGCCAUUUUCUGUUGUUACUUUAAAUCGUGGCAAGUGGAUCUUUGGAGACAACUUCUGUCGAUUCCAUGGAUUCGGAGUGUUUACAUUUGGACUAGCAUCGUUGCACACCAUGGUACUAAUUGCAGUAAGUCGAUAUUUCUGCAUUGUCAAACUUGAGAGGUACAUCGUGUUAUUCAAAAGGCAAAUAAUUCUGCUCUACAUCGGUGUUUUCUGGUGUACCGUUUUCAUUGGCUCCGUUCCUCCCUUUUUAUUCGGUCAUGGUGGCUUCGAAUUCCAACCGGGGAAGGCAUUGUGCCUGUACACAUUCGACACCAACAUAGCAUACACCGUCUUCAUCGAAUGUAUCUACAUCGCGACACCUUUGACAUUAAUAAGAAUCUGCUAUGUAAAAGUAUUCUACACCGUGUCACGAUCCAAUCGAGUUUUCUCCGUGGAAAUUAACCCCCACGUUCUAAGAGCUAACGUCGAAGAAGCCAAAGUGACUAAGACUUUAGCUGCUGUUAUGGUUGGUUUUGCUUGUUGUUGGCUUCCAGUGUGUAUCAUCGACUACAUUGAUGCAGCUCAAGGUGAACCCACUUUGCCCAGACAAGCUUACCUUACAUACGGUUUCUUGGUCUAUUUAAGCAGCACAAUCAACCCGUUCAUUUAUGGAGCCUCAAAUAAGCAUUUCAGACGAGAACACACGGCGAUUUUAAGCGACACGUUUUGUAUUAAAAUCUGUCGUUGCUCAGAAACGUACGAAGCAGAGUCUUCCAGCGAUUGUCGAAGAAAUGGCCUAAAAGUGAGGCCUUGUUAGGGGAGGUUCAGUCAUC